GUUAAGCCAUUUAGGACAUGUACAUGGAUAUUGUAAAGUGGUGGAAAUAGUGGUUAACCUUCCUUGUAGUACAGGUCGCCACUCGACAUGCCAAAUAAGACAAAGAAAGACAAGACUACCGUGAAAGCUACAAUAAGUACAAAAACCGGUGGUAAAGAAGGAACAGACAACGACGAAGCAGAGGCAGGAAAGAAGAAAACACAGCAGAACUCGGAACAGCACCCACCACAAGUUCCAGUGAACAAGAUCAAAUUCCAGUCAUCUCCACACAUUAAGAAGGACAAGAGACAGAAUUCGUCGCGCUUUAAUGUUUCCAAAAACAGAGAGCUGCAGAAACUACCAGCUCUCAAAGAUGCGACACCGGCGGAAAGGGAGGAGUUGUUUAUUCAGAAGAUAAGACAGUGUUGUGUGCUGUUUGAUUUCGUACAAGAUCCUCUCAGUGACUUGAAAUGGAAGGAGGUCAAGCGGGCAGCGCUGAAUGAAAUGGUGGAAUAUGUCACGCAGAACAGGGGAGUUGUCACAGAGGCCAUAUACCCGGAAACGAUGCACAUGUUUUCCAUGAAUCUCUUCCGGACACUUCCGCCUUCAUCUAACCCAAGUGGAGCCGAGUUUGAUCCAGAAGAAGAUGAGCCGACGCUAGAAGCAGCCUGGCCACAUUUACAGCUCGUAUACGAGUUUUUUCUCCGGUUUUUGGAGUCCCCAGAUUUCCAGCCAAACACUGCAAAACGGUAUAUAGAUCAGAAGUUUGUCUUGCAGCUUCUAGAUUUAUUUGACAGUGAAGACCCAAGAGAAAGAGAUUUCCUGAAGACUAUCUUACAUAGGAUAUAUGGGAAAUUCCUGGGUCUACGAGCUUACAUUAGGAAACAAAUCAACAAUAUAUUUUAUAGGUUUAUUUAUGAAACAGAGCAUCAUAAUGGAAUAGCAGAGUUGUUAGAAAUUUUGGGAAGUAUAAUCAAUGGCUUUGCCCUUCCCUUGAAAGAGGAGCACAAGGUAUUUUUGUUGAAAGUAUUACUGCCCCUGCAUAAGGUGAAGUCUCUGAGUGUGUACCACCCGCAGCUGGCCUACUGUGUGGUACAGUUCUUGGAGAAGGAUCCCAGUCUCACUGAGCCGGUUAUCAUGGGACUGUUAAAGUACUGGCCCAAGGUGCAUAGCCCAAAAGAGGUGAUGUUCCUGAACGAGCUAGAGGAGAUCCUUGAUGUGAUAGAACCAAUUGAGUUUGUAAAAGUUAUGGUGCCACUCUUCAAGCAACUUGCAAAAUGUGUUUCCAGUCCACACUUUCAGGUUGCUGAGCGAGCACUCUAUUUUUGGAAUAAUGAAUACAUCCUCAGCUUGAUUAGUGACAAUGCCACUGCGAUAUUGCCGCUUAUGUUUCCAGCUUUGUUUAAGAGCAAAGAACAUUGGAACAAAACGAUACACGGGCUCAUCUACAAUGCACUCAAGUUAUUUAUGGAAAUGAACCAGAAACUGUUUGAUGACUGUACGCAGCAGUUCAAAGCUGAGCGGCAAAAAGAAAAGGAGAAGAACAAGCAAAGGGAUGAAGCGUGGAAUAAAAUAAACACUUUAGCAGCAAAAAAUCCCCAAUUUAGAAAAUUACCAACACCUUCUGACUCGUCAACAAUACGUGGCAACUCGCCAACACCAAAUAAUGGCAAUGACGAUAUAGACGGAGACUUGAAGACGUCUUUGGAAAAAAUGGAAUUUGAAGCGAAGGAGUUGUCCAAGAAGCGACCCAAGGAUAAACCACUACUACGCCGGAAGUCCGAGUUACCUCAUGACAUAAACACAUUCAAGGCUUUGGAUUCGCACCCUCGGCCAGACAAAUUCCUGCCGACCUCAUCCGAGAAUAAAUGACGACCAGUGAUGUAGUAAAUUUUAAAAAAAAGUGUUUUUGUUUUGCCCACGUCUGUGGCAGAACCCAACUGGUGAAGACUACAACCUCUAUCAUAGGCAUAUUACCUUUGACUUUCACGCUCAUGUUUUCUACUCAAAGCUCCAGUGAUAAGCUGUGGUAUAUUACUUCAGAUGAUAACCUUGUUCUCUUUUCUUCUUUUUUAAAUUCGACUAAAGGACACUUUUGCAGAAUGUGCGUGUGUGUUUGUGUGUGCAUAUGUGCAUCUGGGUUUGUGGGGUUUUUUAAUUAUUGAAGACGCUGCAAGCCCGACGGGGGAAAACGAAUUGAUGAUUAAAAUGUCUUCUGUCUAUAAAGUGUUGUGAAUACGCCGUGACAAAGAGGUUUUUCUCGUGUGACUAUCAUGGCUGAUCGCUGUCACUUUAAUGGUUAAAACUUGGGGCGAACAAUCUUACGAUUCUGUGAUGGUGACCCCGACUAUGUCAUUUGUAGAUAAAAUCUGUUGAUUUAUUGUACAGUUCAACUACAAGGACUCGUUUUUAUUUGCAUACAAGAAAUAAAACCAGUGUUGUUGGGAGCAAUAAGGGAAACUAGAAAUUUAUGAAAACAAUGCAGAUGUUGAUAGUACGAAUUAGUUUUUACGUCCGUCAUUGUUUUUACUUACAUGUAUGUUUAUUUUUACUUUUAUUUAUUCAUAUUCUGCCUAUAUUUUAAAAAUACAGUACAUUCUUAUGGUAAAAGUUAUGAAGAAUUUUUUUAAUACGAAUAUACAAUAGUGAAAGGGGAACAUUUAUUCCAUAUCAAUGAUGAAAUUAUGUAAUAUUUACAUGAUCAUCAUCAGUGUUAAGGCCAAAAUAAAAAUUACUAUAUGUGAUUCCUCCAAUAUUUUGAAAAUGAGGAGGGGGUAUCAUUCAUGCAUGUGCUGUUUACGUAACAAAGGUAGUACAUUAAAUGUGAGCACACUGCCCCCCUCCCCAAUUGCAUCACAUGGCAUAAAUAAUCACUGAAAUGAUGACAUGAUAAAAUGUUUACUACUGUAUGUCUCUGAUUAGCAACUGCUGUGAUGUUAGUUUAUUUUUUAAAUUGUUGGCACUAAUGAAAUACAUUGAAAUAACACAUGCUAGUGCUUAGAUCAAGUCAUACAGUAAUGGACACACAGACGGCUGUUACAGCCAGAAUAGCAGGAGAACCAUGGCAUCCCUCCCAUUUUCAACCAAUGCAGUUUUGAAAUGAUUAAAGUUUUUUUUAAGUUCAGUUUAAAAGCAUCAAUGAUACAAACCCCAACCCCAGCAGUUACUAUUGUUGUGCUGUAAAGUAUUAUGAUAAUUGCGUGUGAUGGGUUUGUAUAUAACACAUUUGAAACCAUUCUCAUUGAAAGAAAUGCACUAAUCUCUCCAAUGGUCUUCCAUUAUUUGCAAGUUUGUUGUGGUCUGAUAUGGCAUAAAAUGAUGAUUGUAUUGUCGUACAGGGUUCUGUUGAGAGAUUUCUUAAAUAUUUUAAUUGGAGACCGUUAACUAAUUAUUCAAAGUAUCAUCUUGAAUUAAUCCACUUCAGACUAGUAUUUUAUUUUGAACUCUUGUUGCUGUAAAUAUAUUCAAGAAGUGGUGAUUAUUAGUAAGUAAAAAAUAUCAAUACCAUCAUCACACCCGAUCAAGCAUCCAACUUGAUAAUGGUACAGAUAGGAGGAAUACGGAAGUUAUUUCGUACAAGUGGCAAAGUUAUUUCAUAGCAGUAGCGUCAAAAUGUUAGCCAAAUCAAGGAAUUGAAAAUACUUUACAAGUAGUAUAUUGUUAGGCAAAUGAAGGUAUGGAUGAUACUUUACUAGUAGUAAUUAAAUCUUCCAUUUUUGUUUAGCAGCUGAGACUAAUCACCUCUGACAUAUGGAACAAAUUAUCUGUAUUUAGCAGCCAUGUUAAAAUAUCCAUUGAUGGCUGGUUUAUGUUUACAUAGAUUUAUUUCGGUUAUAUAUUGUUUUGUACAAGCUUUUGGUGAGGCAUGUAUAAUCAAAUCAUUUUCAUUUCUGAUACAUCAUUAAAAUAAUGCGUGAUUUUGUUUUAAUAUAUACAACAUGGAUUUUACUACACAACUCUGUAAUCAUUUCUGCAAGUCAUUAUAAAUAAAAUUUUCAUCAUAUUUUAAGGCUUGAUGAUACGAUUUAGCAUUACAACUGGAAGCACAUACUGUAUUUUAUUUUGGUCUGAAUACCAAAGACCGUAUGGAAUACUAUGAUUGUUAUCUCCUCUGUUUGACUGUGACCUAGUCUGUACCACUUACAUGUUGUUGCUGUCCAUGUAACUCUGGCCAUCAGAGAUUUCAUUAAGAGUUCACAAAUACCUGUAUCAUGUGAUAGAGGACGACAGUAAUGCAGAACCACAAUAAUAAAGAGACAUUGCAUAAAGGAAGAAAAUUA